ACACACACCACACCCUUUAAGACAAAUGGAAACAGGGUAGCAGUGUGUACCAGGCACUUGCUGAUGCAUGUUACCUUUUUCGCUCUCAAACCCACAGAGGAAUUUAACUCCAACCAUAUCUGGCCAUGCCUUCUGAUUUGUCGAAUCUGACCCUCCACUUGGAGGGCUCAUUGACGCGGACGCUGAACAACUACCUGAACAGCUGGACCUGGAACGCCACAGAGGCCGAGCGGAAGCUGGACGAGCGUCUGACGGAGGAAAACUUCCGGAAUGUCAUCUGGUACCUGCUGGUCAUGAUCGGCAUGUUCGCCUUCAUCGUGGUGGCCGUCUUGGUGAGCACCGUCAAGUCCAAGCGUCGCGAGCACUCCGAAGACCCCUACCACAAAUACAUCGAGGGCGAGUGGAUCGCCGACCCGUCCCUGGUCAUCCCCAACCCCAGCCCCAAGGACUUCGGUGGGCUAGGCUCACCCUGAGUCCUUCCUGUCCCUAUGGCAACCCCCUGGUACCCCUCUCUCAACCUUACCACCACUACGAUUCCAGGGGUACAUUCCCCUGACAGCCUCCUUGUCCAACUGCCACUAUUGAGAUUAAUGUUCCUUGCAAGGUUGCUGUUUAUGUGAUGAUUGUAUGUCAACAGGGUCUAUUUGACCUCUGACCCUUAUUGUUGUACCUAAAAUCCUAACAAUAGGAGGGUUAAAUGAGUUACUCUAGCAUUACAGGAGACACUGCCAUUUUGAGCACUGUCCGUGUAACCAUGGUGAUUGCACAACUCUGCUUUAGCGAAACACAGACCAUUGAUUGGUCCAGACCAAUGUCACCUGCCAUAUAUACACUAAUGAGUGUAAAAGUAGAGCAAAAUGUGGAGAUCCGACCGCUCCAUGCCCAGAAAAUCUAAGUAUUCCCCAGUAUUUUAUUAUUAUUAGAUUAUUUUAGAUUUAUUUACGAUGGUAUUUAACCAGCAAACUGUAGUCAUAAACUGUAAGUUAAAUAUGCUGAAUUAGAUAACCUGAUCAAAGAGCAAUGAUUAAAAAAAAUGUAGCCAGGCUUUUAAUCCUCAAACUUGGCACCUUCCAACUCUGGUCACAAGAUAUAACUUUUGAUUGCCUGAUUUCUGAUGUAUAAAGCACAGAUGAUUUGUAAAUCCCAUAAACCUACUUUAACAUGAAUGAAUGAUGGGUUUAAAAAUGGGAAGUUUGAAGGAAAAAUACUGUGAUAAUAUCAUGCUUGCUGCUAUUUUCAUGGUGUUGCUGAUAAACAUUGAAGAAAUAAGAGCUUGUUCUCACAA